UGAUCCCGUCGUUUGUUAUAGGCAAAAUGUCGUGUAGGACUAGAAAGCGAAAAGAGGAUGAAGAGCGGAAAGCAAACGAUGGGGAACAGGAUAAUUUCUUUACCGACGAGAUGAGGGAGGAAAUGAAAGCAAUGUGGGAGAUACCGCAAAUCUUCCAUUUCCUCCACUUAACGAAGGAAUCUCUUAAUAUACCUCAGUUGUCUUUGUACGAAAUGGAGAGGAUGCUGUUGAUACCGAGGGCCUCUAAACAACUAGCAAACAUCAUGACUUGUAUGCUGAGGUACGUGAAAU